AUCUAACCUAAGCAAAAUUAGAACAGAUGGUAGUGAUCAUAGGUGUGUAAAUCGUUUUAAUAUAAAAAAAAAAUGAUCACCCACUUAUCAUUAGCAUACAGUAGCUAGAAAUUAAGAACUUGUAAUAGUAAGAACCUCCUACGUAAAUAAACGGACAUUUUAUGCACGUCUGUGAUUUCGAUUGUAAAUAAAUUUUAUGUCAUUCGCGCGAUUAUAUUUAUCGUAGACAAGGUGCUUCAAGUGACGUUUAAAAGACAAGAAAAACUGAUUCGGUUUUAAAAACCUAUCAUCUUUUCGAUUACAUUUGACUCUUAAUUGAUAAGUGCUAGAACUAAAAUUGACACUAUGAGUUAGUGAGAAUUCGAGUACAACGCGAUAUGUCACGAAUGGCGGCGACUUCCGAGGCCCAGGAGAAUUAUUGAGGCCCCAGGAGGGAAUGGAUUUUCAGAGCGCAAUGGACACCUUUGUAGAGGCAUGGAUGGCUGCUAACACGAAGACGGAUCAAGUACAGAGCCAAGCGUUGGCAUUGACGCACAAAGCCUCGCCACCAUCGAGACCGAGCAGCGUGUCCUCGUUACCGAGGAGUCCUCAGUCUCAUCAGUCCCAGCAGUCUCAGCCGCAGAACGCACCUCAGCACCCAUCGGUACAUCCGUUGCAAUCGCAAACACCUCUCGGUACACCUCAGACACCGUUCUCUGCGCACAAUCAGCAUCCAAAGCAAGAAAUCAACGCCAGUCCCAAGCAGGAAGGCUUCGAUCUCAGCAAAUCCGCCUCCAGUACAGCGAAAAAUCUACCGGUGCAUUGUGUGGUGGAGACGAUUCACAAUAUUGUGGAAAGCCAUGUGAGCAACAGCCGUGAAAAAUGGCGAAGUCCCCAAGUGGAGACGGACUCUUACGUUAUUAUUCCGGUAGCUAUGCCUUUUCAGGAUUUGGUGGGCGAGGCACUUGUUCGUCUGGGAUACUCCAGCGAUCUGAUACCAAGUGCAAGAGGGAGUAUCGUUAUACGUAACUGGAAGCCUUUGCCGAUGGAGAAAGUUGCCGAUGGACCAUUACUGACAGUAGGAGAUAUUUUGGCCGAAUUAACGUCGGUGGCGACCCUGAAAAUUCAGGUGUACAGAUCCAGGCCGCCACCUCCCAGUCCGGCAGCUGAAGUUAGAAAUAAAUUGCUGAGGUUGCUCUUGUUGCAUAGCCACACGCUUCUCGUUUCCGCCGGGUGCCCUUUGGAUGAGAUGACCCUGCUAUCCCUCUGUCGAGGCGGUAACGACCUGUCAGAAGAGACAAAGAGAAAUUUUGAAACGUGGCUGCAGCAACAACAGAUAGGUCUCGGUAUAAAUCCAAUAGCACCAACUUCCAAUCAUCAUCAUCACACGCAAAGUCCACAGCCCGAUAGCGGUAGUACGAUCGCUCCCGGCGGCGGUCCGAUCGGACCGCCACAUCCGGCACUUCUUCAGUAUUCGCACAAGACCAGGAUGAGGACCAGUUUCGACUCAGAGCUCGAGUUGCCGCGUCUCCAGCGUUGGUUUGCUGAGAAUCAACAUCCGUCACGCGAACAAAUACAACACUAUGUCGCGGAAUUGAACUCUCUAGAGUCGCGCCGCGGCAGGAAACCACUGGACGCGAAUAAUGUCGUGUACUGGUUCAAGAACGCCAGGGCAGCACAGAAGAGAGCCAGCAUGAAUGGCUGCAGUCCACCUGGGCUUAGCCCGAGGGGCGCCAGCAUCGUUAGCGAAGACUGCACGGACGAAGAGGAGGACACUAGGCAUCAGUCGACAUCGGGGUCACCCUGUCCACCGAGUAGUCCACCUGUCGGUCCACUGUCCUUGACUACAAGACCCGAAGAUCAGCAACAACCGCCGACAUCUACUCCAGCCUCGGUAAAGCAAGAAGACGCGAGAGUUUCCUCUGGUUCCGAGGACGACGAAACCAGGCAUACAGGUCCCAUUCCGCCAGGAUUUUCCUUGGUACCCAGCCCCAUGUUUGGUCAUGGUAUAAUGUACAUGUCGCAUUAUCUGCCGCCGCGCGGACCUGCCGGUUGUCCCACCAGCAUGCUAGCCGAUGAGAGAAGGAAGAGGAACCGGACGUUCAUCGAUCCCGUGACGGAAGUGCCGAGAUUAGAGUAUUGCAUAUUUCUCAUUCUAUCGUACACGGAGGAACUGAACAAGAUGCCCUAUCGCCAGAAGUUUCCACGUCUAGAGCCGAAGAACGUGCAAUUCUGGUUCAAGAACCGCAGGGCCAAGAAUAAGCGGCUGAAGAUGGCUCUAUUCGAGGGCGAGUCGCCGCAACAGCAUCCAUAUCAUGCCGACUAG